CGAGCGGCAAAGGCACGACCCUGCUGCAGGUGACGAGCGAGGCGAAGAAACAGGUCCGGCUUGCGGCGCCUCUCAUCGUGGGAUGCCUCCUGCAGAACGUAAUCCAGAUGAUAUCGGUGAUGUUCGUGGGGCACCUCGGCGAGCUCGCGCUUGCCAGCGCUUCCAUGGCCACCUCCUUCGCCAUCGUCACCGGCUUCAGCUUUCUGACGGGCAUGUCGUGCAGCCUGGAGACGCUGUGCGGGCAAGCGUUCGGGGCGAACCAGGACCACAUGCUGGGGGUGUACAAGCAGCGGGCGAUGGUGGUGCUGGGCCUGGCGAGCGUCCCGAUCGCGGCGGUGUGGGCGAACACGGGCUGGAUCCUGCUCCGGCUGGGGCAGGACCCGGAGAUCGCGGCGGGCGCCGGGCUGUACAUCCGGUGGAUGCUCCCGUCGCUGCUCUUCUACGGGUGGCUGCAGUGCCACGUCCGGUUUUUGCAGACUCAGAAGAUCGUGGUGCCGAUGAUGGUCAGCUCCGGCGCCACCGCCGCCAACCACGUGCUCGUCUGCUGGGCGCUGGUGUACAAGCUGGACAUGGGCAUCAAGGGGGCGGCGGUGGCCAACUCCAUCUCUUUCCUCACCAACGUCUCCAUCCUCGCCCUCUACGUCAGGCUCUCGCCGUCCUGCAAGACCACCUGGACGGGGUUCUCCUGCCAGGCGUUCGACGACAUCCCCGCCUUCAUGAAGCUCGCUGUCCCGUCUGCAAUCAUGGUCUGCAUGGAGUGGUGGUCGUUCGAGAUCCUGGUGCUACUUGCUGGCCUUCUCCCUAAUCCCAAACUCUCCACAGCCGUCCUCUCCAUCUGCCUGAACACUAAUUCCUUGGUGUGUACUAUCCCCAACGGGCUCUCUUCCUCCAUAAGUACGCGCGUCUCCAAUGAACUCGGAGCGGGGCGACCUCGGGCAGCCCUUCUGGCUGCCCGUGUUGUCAUACUGUUGGCAUUUCUGGUAGGCACUUCCGAAGGCCUUCUCCUGAUUCUAGUGCGACACCUAUGGGGUCAUGCCUACAGCAAAGACCAGGAGGUGGUUGCCUCUGUCGCGAAGAUGAUGCUCAUCCUGGCACCCUCCGUCUUGUUUGACGGCCUCCAGUACGUUCUCUCAGGUAUUGUUAGGGGCUGCGGACGACAAAAGAUUGGUGCUUUUGUCAACUUCGUUGCAUACUAUAUCGUUGGUAUUCCUGCAGCGCUAGUGUUCACCUUCGUCUGUCAUCUUGGUGUACAGGGGCUGUGGUUGGGAAUAGUCAGUGGGUUGGUCACACAGACGUUGCUGCUUCUCGUCAUUUCAUUUGGCACCAACAAUUGGGAAAAACAAGCGAUGGAUGCAAAGGACAGAAUUUUCACUUCGUCACCAACAGAGCCAUGAUCAUAGACAUCACAUAACAUCGACGACAAAACUUCAAGCCCAUCAUGCUAUUAUACUACUAAGUGAAAACCUGAGACAAUAUGUCUUUGUGAAGGUGGAUAGCGAAUAGAUUAACUCUAUUCUUGCAAAUUUUGGUAGCUACUGAAGAGAAAACUACUGUAUGCUCAGGGGGGCCAAGAAGUUUCUAGAAGUCUGGACAAC